ACAGGCGGAGCCCUGGCGAGAACUGACGUCAUUGUCCUGCGACUCCAAAUUAACGUCUGUGGGAAAGCCGGGCUGUCCUGAGUGGGAGUGGCACCGAGCUGCAGGGUAUCUUAAAAAGAAUAUUUUAAAAAUGACCACACCAAACAAGACACCUCCUGGUGCUGACCCUAAGCAGUUGGAAAGGACUGGAACAGUACGGGAAAUUGGGUCACAAGCUGUUUGGUCACUCUCAUCGUGCAAACCAGGAUUUGGAGUGGAUCAGUUACGAGAUGACAAUCUUGAAACUUACUGGCAAUCAGAUGGCUCCCAGCCUCAUUUAGUAAACAUCCAAUUCAGAAGAAAAACAACAGUGAAGACAUUAUGUAUUUAUGCAGACUACAAAUCUGAUGAAAGCUAUACUCCAAGCAAGAUCUCGGUCAGAGUAGGAAAUAAUUUUCACAAUCUUCAAGAAAUUCGGGAGUUUGGAAAAAGCUUGGUUGGCCAUUUCUGUCUUGGAGUCUCUCAUGCAGUUACAGUCCUAUGUCAGCAACUUGAAUUGGUGGAACCAAGUGGCUGGAUUCACGUUCCCUUAACUGAUAAUCAUAAGAAGCCCACUCGCACAUUCAUGAUACAGAUUGCUGUUCUAGCCAAUCACCAAAAUGGAAGAGACACCCACAUGAGACAAAUUAAAAUAUACACACCAGUGGAAGAGAGCUCCAUUGGCAAAUUUCCUAGAUGUACAACUAUUGAUUUCAUGAUGUAUCGUUCAAUAAGGUGACCUUAACACAGAACAAAAGUCAUUAAAUGUACCUUUGUUUUAUCUUGUCAGUAAAUAUUAUAUCUGGAAUCUUUAUUGAAAAAAACAUCAGUUAUUUUGCAAUUUUGUAUGCAUUGAAGAGUAUUUUAUUGUAACUUUAACAAAUAAAUUUUGGGUCAUACUAUUUUUAUUUUCUUUAACAUAUAAUAAAGCUCACAUAUUUUACAUUAUUAAAAAAGUAUUUGAAGCCCCUCAUUAAAUUUUUCAUUAUAUCAAAAGAAAAACAAUUGAACUGAGUAUUUUAAGAGAUACGCCAUUUUUAAUAACCAAGUUAUUAUUUCAUAUAGUGGUCAUGUGUUAGAGUAAUGAUUUAUUGCAUGUUUGGGAACAGUACUAUGUUCUAUCAAUUAAUAGGCCAAAAUUAUUCUUUUUUUCCCCCUCUCUCUAGAGGAAGCUUAUUCUUUUAAUACUGGGCCUUUUAAAAAAUAGUGUCAAAAUAGGCUUAGCAUUAGAUAUCUGAUGAGAACCAUUCUGAUUUGGGGAAUAUAGUUAAUUGUGUCAUAAUUACUUCCAUGAAAUACUUUUAAUCCCAGGGUUCUCUAUAUCCCGAUAUUGUGUCAGAGAUUGCCAGUAUCAUCUGCUAUUUAUUCUAAUGCUAGUGCUGCUUAUAGUAGACUUUUUUUUUUUUUAAUUUGUGUCUGACACAGAAGCAUUCUCUGAGGGAUGAUAAUAUGUCUCAUAAAAAUUUUUAAAAUGUAUAAAAUUGUUCUUUGUAUAUGAAAAUAUUUUAAAGGAGCUUAAACAUGUUUUCUUUCCAUGGUUUAAAAUGAAUAGAUUUGAUUCUGUAUGGUUUUUCUUUUUUUCCCCCUAUAUCUACUACUUUUUAGGAGGAUGGUUAUUUAGCCACAGAACUUACCCAGAUUGGCUCUUAUGUUUAGGAAAGAUUCCUGGGUGGUUCUUGCAUUGCUUGGUAGACUGAAGUCUUGAAUAGUAAAGUUUUAGAUCUUUUUUUUUUUUUUUUUUUUUUUUUUUUUUACUUGAAGUAUACUUAACAUAUAGUGUUCUAUUUGUUUCAGGGUGUAUAACAGUAAUUUGACAAUUCUAUACGUUAUACAAUGCUCACCACAAUAAGUAUAGUUACCAUCUGUCACUAUACAAAGUUGUUGCAGUAUUAUUGAUUAUAUUUUCUAUGCUGUACCUUUCAUCUCCAUGACUUAUUUAUUUUAGAACUGAAAGUCUGUGCUUCUUAAUCCCCUUCACCUAUUUUACCCAUCCUCCUUAUCCCCUCCCCCAUAGCAAGCACCAAUUUUCUAUAUCUAAGAGUUUGUUUUAUUUUUUAGACUACACAUAUAAGUGAAAUCAGAUGGUAUUUGCCUUUCUCUAUUUGACUUCCUUCACUUAGCAUUAUAGCCUCUAAGUCCCUCCAUGUUGUAAAUGGCAAGAUCUCAUUCUUUUUUGUGGCUGAGUAAUAUUCCAUUGUGUAUGUAUUUAUAUAGUACAUCUUCUUUACCUAUUCAUCUACUGAUGGACACUUGGGUUGCUCCCAUAUCUUGACUAUUGUAAAUAAUGCAGCAAUAAACAUAGAGGUGCAUAUAUCUUUGAAUUAGUGUUUUUGUUUUCUUUGGGUAAAUACCCAACAGUGGAGUUGCUGAAUCAUAUGAUAUUUUUAUUUUGAAUUUUUUGAGGAUCCUCCAUAUUGUUUUCUACAGUGGUUGCAUCAAUUUACAUUCCCACCAACAAUCUAUAAGGUUCUCUUUUGUCCACAUCCUCACCAACACUUGUUAUUUCUUGUCUUUUUGAUAAUAGCCAUUCUGAUAAUAGUGUGAAGUGAUAGGUCAUUGUGAUUUUGACCAACGUUUCCCAGAUGAUUAGUGACCAUCUUUUCAUGUAUCUCUUUUGCCUAUUUUUUAAUCAGAUUUUUUUUCUGUUGAAUUGUGGAAGUUCUUUUAUAUAUUCUGGAUAUUAACCCCUUAUUGGAUGUAUCAUUUGCAAAUACCUUCUAUUCAGUAGAUUGCCUUUUUGUUUUAUUGAUGGUUUCUUUUUCUAUGCAAAAGCUUUUUAUUUUGUUGUACUCCCAAUAUUUUAUUUUUGCUUUUGUUUCCCUUGCCUGAGGAAACAAAUCCAUAAAUAUGUUGCUAAGGCCUAUGCCCCACAGAUUACUGCCUGUGUUUUCUUUUAAGAGUUUUAUGGUUUCAGGUCUCAUGUUUAGGUCUUUAAUCCAUUAAAUAGUAAAGUUUAAAAAAUAAUUAUGUGUAUGCUUUAUUCUGGCAAGGAGUACUAAUUUGCAUGACUACUAUAAAAAAAAAAGGUGUCACUUUUUCACUCAGGAGAAUAUCUGAUGUUCUUUCAGUGAGUUCCACAAAGAGUUUUAUUGUCAUUUUCAUUUUGUUUCUUUGAAGUAAGAAGCAUGGUAGGUGAUCUAUAGGGUCACCAAAAAAUCUAUAACCACGACUCAUUUGGGAUCAGCAAAUUAAUCUGAGUAUAGUUGGGGGAUGCUGGAAAUGGAAGGAGAGGAAAACACAUGGAUAGGAAUUAAAAGAAAAGGAGGGAAUCAAAGAAAUAAUAACAAUAUUUACUAGGUACUGUAUUGAAUCUUGUGCUUUAAUCUGAUAAGGAAAACAUUCAUAUAAACAACAGGGUCUUAGUAUAAGAGAUAAAGACAUUUAAUAAAAAAUACAGGAGGGCUUAUUAAUAAUAAUGUUAUUACUUGCUAAAUGCUUAUUAAAAUUUUGCUUAAAAGAAAAAGGAAGAAGACUAAUUAUCAUUUACAUGAUCCCCUCUGUUAUCUCUUACUACUGUUUGCUAUAAGGCUCCUAAAAUCAGGAGGGAUUAAGAAGAAUGUUGAGAAAAUCCGUAUGUUUUCUAUUUCUACUCUUAUUCUCUUUUUUAUAUGCCAGCUGGGUGACCACCUUUCUUAGGCAUGGGGAAUCUUGGUAGCUGAGGAUAAUGGAAAUAAUACUUCCCUUUUUAUAUGGGUUAUUUAAAAUACAGACAGACCAUGUAUUAUAUUGACAAAGCAUAAUUAUCUAAAGUAGUUGCAUUUCUUUUUUAAAAAUGCAUAUUAUAUACUUGACAAAGGAUUUGUAUUUAGAAUAUGUAAAGAAUUUUUACAACUCAACAGUAAGAACACAAACAAUCCAAUAAAGUAAGCAAAAAAUUUGAAUAGUCACUUUACCAAGGAGGGCAUAGGAUUGGCCAAUGAGCAUGUGAAAAGAUGCUCAGCUUCACUCAACAUCAGUGAAAUGCAAAGUAAAGGCACGAUGAGAUAUCAUUUCACAGCUGCUAGAAUGGCUACAAUUAAAAAGAUGAUUGCAAGGGUUGACAAAGAUGUGGAGGAACCAAACCUCACACUGAUGGUGAAGAUGAAAUUGAUGUAUAACCACUUUGGAAAACAGUGUAGUGAUUUUUUUAACAAGUUAAACAUACACCUAUUGUGUGACCCAGUUAUUUCCUCCCUGAUAUUUACCCAACAGAAAAGAAAGCAUAUAUCUAUUCAAGGAAUAUUCAUAGCUUAAUUUUCAUACCUGAAAACUGGAAACAACCCAAAUGUUGGUCAGUAGCAGAAUAUAUGAACAAAUAGUGGUAUAUCCAUAUAAUAGAACACUGCUCAGUAAUACAAAUGAGCAAUACAUGCAACAACAUGGAUAAAUUUUGGUCAUAGUUAUGCAAAGAGAAAGAAGCCAUACAAAAGAGAGUACAUACUGUUUGAUGCCUUUUUUUUUUUUUUUUUUUAAUUCUAGAAAA